GGACCGUUUUGGACGAAGAGAGCCACUGAUAAGCUCGAUCUGAUACCCUCCCUACUCCAUACUGUAGAUACCUGGUUCCCCUCCAGCUCUGCCUGGUUAUCGCGGCUUAUCUCCGAUCUUUAUCAGAGGACCGAGUUCGGUACCCCUCAUCGUUCCCCUCUCGAUUCGAUUAGUACUAUAUAAGAGACAGAGGCCAGGAGGGAGGGGCUCGAGUCCUACUUCGACUGCAUAUCCCUACCUCUCUUCCCCGACAUACUCCGUUCGAAUACGAUACCUCAGACACCUCCAACAUGGGCAAGAAGCGCGUUUUGGUCAGUUAUGGAGUCGAUAUCGAUGCCGUCGCUGGCUGGCUGGGAUCAUAUGGCGGAGAGGACAGCUCCAGCGAUAUCAGUCGAGGUCUCUGGGCCGGUCACAUCGGUACGACUCGCCUCCUCAAACUCUUCGAGAAAUACGGCAUCAAAGCCACCUGGUUCAUCCCAGGCCACAGUCUCGAGACCUUCCCCGAAGAAUGCGCCAUGGUGCGUGAUGCCGGCCACGAGAUCGGUCUCCACGGCUACACGCAUGAAAACCCCUCCGACAUGACCCUCGAGCAGCAACGGGAUAUCCUAGACAAGACCUAUCACAUGCUGUAUGAAUUCUGUGGCAAACCGCCGCGGGGUAUCGUUGCGCCGUGGUGGGAGACCAGCAAAGAGAUGGCGGAUUUGUUGCUCUCGUACGGAAUCGAAUACGAUCAUUCCAUGUCGCAUCAUGAUUGUCAGAUGUAUUGGUUACGGACGGGGGAUACGUGGACCAAGAUUGAUUAUACCCAGAAGGCGGAGACGUGGAUGAAGCCGUUGGUGAGAGGGCAGGAUACUGGGCUCGUGGAGAUCCCCGGGAACUGGUAUAUUGAUGAUUUGCCGCCGAUGAUGUUUAUUAAGUCGGCGCCAAAUAGUCAUGGUUGGGUGAACCCGAGGGAUGUAGAGGAUAUUUGGAAGGAUCAUUUUGAUUACUUCUAUCGGGAGUACGAUGAAUUUGUCUUUCCGAUGACGAUUCAUCCCGAUGUGUCGGGUCGUCCGCACGUUCUUCUUAUGCAUGAAAGAAUCAUUGAACACAUAAACAAGCACGAGGGCGUGGAGUGGGUGACAUUCGAGCAGAUGUGCGAUGAGUUCAAGAGCAAGAACAAGCCACCGGAGGGCGCAAGGAUGCCUGCUCCUCCUAUGCCGCUAAAGAAAUGACAAUCAGGCAUACGAAAUGGGUCGAUCGUGUUUGAUGGUGGAUGGAUUGCGUACACUCCAGGAGGUCCGCGGUCCAGUGUAUGAGAUAAGAGUCUAAUAAACGAUACCUGGAUAUU